AUGUCCUCAACUUCUUUCCACUCGAACCAGCAACGCAAUUUUCACGAAGCUGUGCGGAGGGGGGAUCCCAAGGAGUUAGCCCGCCUGCUCAGGGGCUCCAUCAGCGGUGCGGUCAAUGUUAACGUCUUCGAUGGAGAGGGCCAGACGCCGCUGCAUCAGAGCGUCUUGGUCGGCAACUUGGAGCUCGUCAAACUGCUGGUACAAUUCGGCGCCGACGUGCGACUAGCCAACCGGGAUGGUUGGAACGCCCUGCACAUCGCCGCUUACGGGGGCCACGACGAUAUCGUUCUCUACCUCAUCCGCAGGCGAUGCGGGGGCGAUCGGAAACGAUGA